UUGAUCCGGAAGGUGCCCCAAGGACCAAGUGCGAGCAAGAUGAAAACGCGACUGCGGACAGCUGGCUGAGGAAGGUCCGAGUGCGAGAGAGCGACAGCGAGAGCGAAGGCACGGAAGCAGGGACGGCGGCGCGCAGCGGCAUGCCGGGCAGUCCGGCGGGCGGCCCGGCCGCGGCCGCCGGCCCCGGCGAGCAGCAGCAGCAGCAGCAGCCGCCGCCGCCGCGCCAGAGGAGCGCCGCCGACGAGUCGGACUGCGAGAGCGAGUGCAGCAGCGAGGUGCUGAGCGUGGGCAACGAGCCGCCGCCGCGGCUGGCCGAGCUGGAGCUCGCGCCCGCGGACGAGCCGGGAGCGGAACCGGAGCUGGAGCUGGGCGCCGAGGCCGCGCUCGGCGAGGCGGAGGCGGCGCGCAGUCCGCGCACGUCCUCGAGGACGCCGUCGCCGGCGAGCUCGGCACUGCCCUCGCCGUCGGCCUCGUCGCUGCGCUCGCCGGCCUCGUCCGCCUCGCCGGGCCGCGCCGAGUUCGCGCCCGCCAACUCGGAGCUCGCCUACCCGGUGGCGGCGCUGUCGCGGCCGCCCGCCGGCCACCAGGAGCUGGGCUACCCGGCGGCGCGCUUGCCGCUGGGCUUCGGCCUGGGCCUGCCGGCGGCCGCGCGGCUCUCGCUCUCGCCGCCCUCGGCCAUGACGGUCUCGGGGCUGGCGGUGCCCUGCACGCCGCUGCUCCACCCGGCGGCCCAGCACGCGCUCGGCCUGCCGCAGCCGCAGCCGCAGCCGCAGCCGCAGCAGCAGCAGUCGCAGCAGCAGCACCGGCUCUCCGUCGACAAGCUGCUGCGCCGCGACUCGCCGGAGCACCAGCGACACUCUCUCGGCCCGCAGCUGCACCUGCUGCAGCCGCUGCCCGGCGCGCAGCAACAGCUCCAGCAGCAGCAACAGCAGCAGCAGCAGCAGCAGCUGGCGAUGCUGGCCAACGGCUCGGGCCGCAGCAACGGCCAGCAGCCCAGCAACAGCAGCAACGCCAACGACAACAGCAGCCUGCAGCAGCAGGCGAGCCUCAAGUUCAGCAUCGACAACAUCCUCAAGGCGGACUUCGGCAGGCGGAUCACCGACCCGAUCUCGCUGAAGAAGUCGCGUCCGCGCAAGCUCGUCGCUCGGCAGCCGAUCGACCUCAGCAAAGACUUUGUGGAGAGCUCGUCCGAGGGCUCCGAGCGGGGCUCCGAGAGCUCCACGAGAAACGUGUCGCCUAGUCUGCCGGCGAGCAGCCCCGCACCCAGCUCGGCCGCCACCCCGAGCGUCGCCGGCGCGGCCGCCAACGAGUCCAAGCUCAUACAGUGGCCGGCCUGGGUCUACUGCACCAGGUACUCGGACAGACCCUCCUCCG